CAGAAGAAGAAGAAGAAGAAGAAGAAGACCAAGAAGAAGAAGACCAAGAAGAAGAAGAAGAAGAAGAAGAAGAAGAAAACGGACUUCACUUUGUGAACGGAUUUUCUCUUUUUGUUUUUUACUUCAACAAACGAAACUUUUGCUGCCUGAGAGAGAGACAGAGAGACAGUCUUAAAUCUGUGGUGGACAUAAAACUGGCAGUGAGACAGGCAGCAUCUGUCUGUCUCUCCGGAGGACGGAGGAUGACACCGGGGUGUGUCGCCUCCCUCAGCCGGACCCGCGGCUCCUCCUGCGGGCAUUUAGAGCUCUGACAGGAGGAACCAGAACCAGAACUGGAGCCGGGACUGGAUCUGGAUCUGGAUCAGUAAACCCGGAUUAGAACAGUGGAUCCAGACUGAAGUGGACCAAAGUGGAUUGAAGCGGGUCAGCCGGAUCCAGGAUGUCCUCAGGACUGGCUGUAGGUGUGGUCUUCAGGGUUCUGCUGCCCCUCACUCUGACUGCAGCGUGUGUGUUGCGGUACAAUGGAUUCUCUCUGGUCUACAUCCUCCUGCUGCUGUUGCUGCCACUGCUGCGUGAACCAUCCACCUGCUCCACCUCAGGUAAUACGAGUCGCUGUGUGACGGCGGUUUGUAUCUCCAGUUUCCUCUUCCUGUUAUUGCAGUCCUUCUUCCAGCUGACCACUGCGACCCUUCAGCCAGAGAACAACUGUACGUCAUGGCAGAAAGCUCUCGCUCAGCUCGGCCUGGUGAGUCUGACAGGAAGUGAUGCUGGUUCAGCAGUGAGACAGGUCUUUCCAGAUGUUGGUGUGCUGGUUGUUGGACUGCUGGCCUGGAGGCUGAUCGUAAGACUGAACGCUGACACACAUACACAGCCACAGCAGGAGGAGCAGCAGCCAGAGGAGCUGAUGUUUGAGGAAGACUCUGUUCUCGGAGAGGAGGAGGAGGAGAAGGAGGAGGAGGAGGAGGAAGGCAGCAGAAACAGGGCUCUGGUUGAACUGGAGUUACUGGUUUGUAAAACCAGGCAGUUAUUGGGAAGCAUGAUGACAACUGGACGAAAAGUCCUGCUGACGGCUCUACUGGGGAUCACAGGUAUCAUCUUCCCCUCUCUCUCCUCCCUCCUCUACCUCCUCUGUUUCCAGGUGUUGUGUACAUGGUGGGCAUGGUCAGGUCAGGUCCCACCCCUCCUCUUCAGGUGUGUGUCUGUGAUGUCACUGCUCUAUUCCUCCUCUCACUUCCUACUCUUCUACUGCUACCAGCUGCCCUUGCUGCAGGAGUCAUGGCCCCCCAGCCACACCUCCACCAGUGUGUUUGGCCUGGUCUCGUUGGUCUCGAUGGACUGCACUACCCCAUGGAGACUGCAGGUGAACUCUGAGCUCAGCUGGUUUCACUUUAUCAGUCCCCUGAUGCUACUGCUGCUCUACAACACUGUGGCUGGUCUGUGGAGGAACCAGCUGAUUGACAGUGAUGGGGGGCGGGACAUAGAGAGGACAGAGUCAGUGGUAAGCGAGAGCUGUGACAUCAUGACUGCCACCAGCAACCUGAGUGAUGAGGUCAGCGGUGACAUCACAGCAGAGAAGCGGAGGGAGCUGUGGAGGAGAGCUCAUGAUCAACCUGACUGCAGAGAUGUGCUAACAUCAUCGGCCAAUGACAGUCCAUCUGACUCUUUUGCCCCACCUACCCAGAGCACAGCCCUUGGACUGGAUGUUUACGCCACGCCUCACUACUCUCUCAGCCAAUCAGACACAUUGGAGACGUGUGUUUUUGAAGGAGAAGGAUGGGAGGAGGAGGAGGAUGAAGCGGAGGUGAGGAGGAGCUGUGAUGAGGGAAGCAGUGCAGCCUCCAUGGCGUUCAUGUUCCUCAUGAAACAGAGUUACAUCUGUGCUCUGAUCGCCAUGAUGGCAUGGUCCAUCACAUACGUGUCCUGGUUGACAUGUGUCCUGUUGCUCUGGUCCUGUGUCCUCUGGAUGAUGCGAGAGCGUCGCCACUACACACUGAUGUCAUCGCCCUGGCUGGUUGCCUAUGGCAACCUUCUGGUCAUCUUGCAGUAUGUCUACAGCUUCCCUUCCAUCAAGGAAGUCCCUGGACUGUUCCCAAGAAAAGAUGAUCCCUGCAGGGAACUCGCCUCCAAGUUGAUGUGUCUGUUGACAUUCUGGCUGCUGCUGCGUCAGGCAUUGACAGAGAAGAGGGACAGACAGAAAGACCAACAGACAGUCACACAGCUGUCUACCAUAACUGUCCAUUUCAAGGAUGAGCAGAGGGCAGAUGAAGACCUGCAGGAGAAGAAAAAGAAGGAUGAGGAGAUGUUGUACGAGGAGGUGCUGCUCCUGCAGAGAGGAGGGGGAGUUAAGAUGGAGGCACUGGUUGCCGUGGUUACCAGGAUGUUUGUUAAAUACUGGAUCUACGUGUGUGGGACAAUGUUCUUCUUCGUUAGUUUUGAGGGGAAAAUUGUCCUCUACAAAGUCAUCUACAUGGUCAUGUUCCUCUGCUGUGUUGCCCUCUACCAGUUGAACUACGAGCGUUGGCGUGCCUUGCUCAGAGGUUUCUGGGUAGCUGUGGUGGUUUACUCGAUGCUGGUUCUGAUCCUAGUCUACACCUUCCAGUUCCCCUCAUCCCCUCACACCUGGAGCUAUUACAGUGGACUCAGCACUCACAGGUUGGAGGAUGUGGGUUUGGAGAAGUUUUCUGUUCCGGUUCUCUUCACAAAGAUCUUCAUCCCAGCUGCCUUCCUCCUGGUGUGUAUUGUACACCUACAUUACUUCCAUGAGCCGUUCCUGCAGCUGACCGACCUGAAGACUGUAGUGGACACACACAACAGCACCAUCACUAGGUUGGUCCACUCAGAUGGGAGCCUGUUUGACCUGUCUGUUGGUGGAGCUCCUCAACUCCUCCCUGAGGAGGAGAAGAGAGGAAGACAGAGGGAGAGACAGGAGGAGACAGAGGAGAAGUGGAUAAAGAAGGAGGAAGAGGAGGAGGAGUAUUCCUGUAUGUUUGAUGGGGAAACCCUGUCGGACCCCAUGGCAGUGCUGGUCUCCUGGAGGUUGGUGGUGGAUCGUCUCUCUGUUUUGUUCCUGCGCCUCCUCUUGUCUCUGCAGCGCCUGCAGCACCUCCUCUGGUGGCUCCUGGAACUGCACAUCGUCAAGAUCGUCUCCUCCUACAUCAUCUGGGUGUCUGUGAAGGAGGUGUGUGUAUUUAACCUGCUCUUCGUGCUGUGUGUGGCCGUGGCUCUGCCAUGCAGGCCGUGGCGUCCCUUGCUGUCAGGAAUGUGUACAGUCUGGACAUGUGUGGUGACCGUCUGUAAGAUGUUGUACCAACUCAACGUUGUCCAACCGACCAGAUACUCCUCCAACUGCACCAUGCCAGGUAACUCCAGCACCGACUUGUCCUGCUCUCUUUUGUACUCUGGUCCAGUAGACCCUGCCCAGUGGGUGGGGCUUCGUAAAACAGACGGAAAACUGCUUGAUUACCUGAGGUAUAACCUGAUGAUGUUAGCGCUGUUAGCCUUCGAGGUGACCAUUUACAGACACCAGGAGCUCUACCGUCUCCGGCAUAACCAAGUCCCGCACCCCACCAGAACGUUGUUUCAUGACAUCACCAGGCGUCACCUGGAUGACGGAUUGCUAAGCUGCAUGAAGUACUUCCUCAACUACUUCUUCUACAAGUUUGGACUGGAGACUUGCUUCCUGUUGGCUGUGAAUGUGAUUGGUCAACGAAUGGAUCUGUUUGCUGUAGGCCACGCCCUUGGUCUCAUCACCGUCUUAUCAUGUCGCAGCAGGAAGCGCAUCGCCUCAGUUUGGCCCAAGUACUGCUAUUUCCUGUCAGGGGUGUUGUGUUUCCAGUAUGUGCUUUGUAUUGGAUUCCCUCCUGCUGCCUGCAAAGAUUAUCCCUGGAGACCUCCAUCCUCCAACGUUGACUCGAAUGUGGUGAAGUGGCUCUUCCUCCCUGAUCACCUGACCCCACCAAACCCACUCUUCCUCCUUUAUGACUUCCUGCUCCUCCUCGGUGCCUCCCUGCAGCUGCAGGUGUUUGAGGAGGAGGUCCAGGCGUCUGUUCAGAUCCUUGCAGGAGACAACUGUGAGCUGGACGAAGAUGAAGGACACAUGUCUGAUCUAAUCAGACGGCUCCGUCUCAGCACGGUCCCUGACUUCAUGAUGUGCAGGUCUUACCUGGACAUGAUGAAAGUGAUCAUCUUCAGCUACAUGUUCUGGUUCGUUCUCACCAUCAUCUUCAUCACUGGGACCACCAGGAUCAGUAUCUUCUGUAUGGGUUACCUGGUGGCAUGUUUCUACUUCCUGUUGGUGGGCGGAGACCUGCUGCUGAAACCAGUCAAAUCCAUCCUGGUGUACUGGGACUGUCUGAUUGGCUACAAUGUGUUUGUCAUCACCAUGAAGAAUAUUCUGUCGAUCCUGGCCUGUGGGUUCAUUAAGUCGUUGGUAUUGAAUCACUGUUGGCUGAUCCAGCUCUUCAGUUUGGCCUGCACCAUCAAAGGAUACACCAAACCGGAGCAGCAGAGCAGUAAACAGUGUGAGUUGCCGAGUGAUGAAGCAGGGAUCAUCUGGGACGGCGUCUGUUUCUGUUUCCUGUUGCUGCAGAGGAGAGUCUUCAGGAGUCACUACUUCCUGUAUGUGGUCCUGGACCUGCAAAAUACGCAACUGCUGGCCUCCCGGGGGGCGGAGCUCUUCGAGGCCUCCACAGUGAAAGCUGUCAGAGCUAGACUGGAGGUGGAGAAGACAUCAAUGGACCUGCUGAAGAGACAGAUGGAGAGGAUUAAAUCUCGACAGCAGAAGUUCCGCAGAGGAAAAGAGAAAAUGUUCAGUUUGACCCAGGACAGCUUCCAUACUGAUGGUCAAGAAAACAGGAAGGGGCAGAAAGAGUGGUGGAGACCCUGGGUAAACCAUGCCUCCAUGGUGAGGAGUGGUGACUACUACCUUUUUGAGACAGACAGUGAGGAGGAGGAGGAGGAGGAGGAGGAGGAAAAGAAAGUUGAAGAGGAGAAGACAGAAAAGGCGCUACCUGAGAAAUCAGCCUUCCAGUUUGUCUAUCAUGCCUGGAUAACAGACUCCAGAACAGCGAUGAGAGCUCGCAACAACCAGAAGAAAAUGUGGAAGAAAAAGUCGUCAGAACGAAGGAACAGGAGAGAAGAGAAGAGAGGAGCAGCUGGAGUUAUAGAAGUGAUGGAGGAGAUGCAGGAGAACGAAGGGGAGGACGAGGAGGAAGACACAGAGGAGGGUCCAGACACGGUGCUACGUCGGUUCUCAAACACGUUGCGGUUCUGUUGGGUUCUGCUGUCGGCUCUGCUGGACUCUCUGACUGCCUGGCUUAGAGGUCUAUGUCAGGAGCACAUUGCCAUCUCCACCGUUCUUCGCAUCGAGCACUGCAUGCUAAUGCAGCAGGCUAAGCAGGGAAAUGUUCCUACCAGAGAGGCGAUACACAUAUACUACCAAGAACAGAUGAUGAAAGGCUCCAGAGAGUCAGACUUGGACUGCCCUAUCCAUGAGGCCAAGCUGCAGACCUCAACAGAUAUGGGGAGGGAAGAGGAAGGUAAAGUGAGUCCUGAUACAGAUGAAGAAGAAGCAGGUCAGUUAGCAGAGGAGAAACCAGAAAAUGAACCAGGAGGAGAUUAUCCAGAUAAACCAGAACUAGGACCUGAAACAGUUUUAGGAGCUGAUGGUCCUGAUGAACCAGGACCAGUAUCACAACAGGAAACCUUGGUGGCUCCAUCCUCAGCAGAAGGUCAUCCAGCCAUGGAAGUUAAAGGUGAGGAAUACCCUGAAUACUUGGUGGCUAAAACCUACAAAAGAUGCCGACCAAAACUGUUGAGGAUGGCAAGAGUCCAGUCCUUUUCCUGCUCAUCAUCCUCAGAGGAAGAACACAUCAGUGGGACCCACAGUGGUGGAGAAUCAAACCAGCAACCUCCUGUGGACAAACAGCAAGCUCAUACCUUCCCCAGUGCCUCCUCCCUGUCCACCCCCUCCUCACUCACCCUUCCCCCCUCCUACAGCCUUGCUCUGGGCCUGGAUGUGCAGGAAGGGGAGGAAGGGGAACACAGAGGUGAAAGGGGUGAAGCGGGAUCAGGAUUCAGGAGGCGGCUGCUGGUUCACACUCCAGAUGAGAGGAGUGAUUUCCUGUCUGACUCUGCCUCCACUUCCUGUCCACUGGCAUCUCACACUCAGGAGCUGACAGCCAGCGAACUGCUUAGGAACAGGACUUUUUACAAUGAGGAGCUUGAGUCAUCAGAUAAUUUCUAUAGCAACCAACACCAGCUGCUCCAGCUAUGCUAUGCUCUCUACAACAUCCUUGCAGCAAGGUCAGAGACAGUGUGUUACCUUGUCAUCGUGUUGAACCACAUGGUGUCGGCCAGCUGCCUGACACUGGUACUUCCUGUUCUGGUGUUUUUAUGGGCGACCCUGUCCGUACCUCGACCCAGUAAGACCUUCUGGAUGACAGCUAUCAUCUACACUGAGGUCACCAUCGUCAUCAAGUAUUUCUUCCAGUUUGGUUUCUUUCCUUUCAACCAGAAGCUGGAGGUGGACCGUGCCAAACCAUUCCACCCCCCAAACAUUCUCGGGGUCGAGAAGAAAGAGGGCUAUGUCUUGUAUGACCUGCUACAGCUGCUCGCUUUGUUCUAUCACCGAGCCAUACUCAAGUGCCAUGGACUGUGGGACCUGACUGUUAGCAUGGAGACUGACGUUCUCCAUCACCAUGUCGACCAAGCCCAUUCCACCCAUGAUGCUACCACUAUCGAUUCGGCCGAUGCCAUCAACACACUGCGGCGACGAGGCAGGAGACGGACACGCACCAGCUCCACCCAACUGCGCUCUCCAGCAGGCAGUGUGAGCUCCAGAGCUCAGCAGCCCAGCAAGUUUGAUCUGCUGCUUGAGAAACUUAGAGAACUUACCAUUAGAUGCCAGGUGUACUCUGUUAGCAGGUGUAGGUCUCUCUACCAUCCAGUCCUUCAGUUUUUUAGAGCUCUUGUCCAACCAGAGUACAGUGCUGUCACUGAUGUUUACGUCCUUAUGUUCCUCGCUGACACCGUCGACUUCAUAAUCAUCGUCUUCGGCUUCUGGGCCUUCGGAAAACACUCUGCAGCUGCUGACAUCACCUCCUCCCUCUCUGAAGAUCAAGUUCCUGAAGCUUUCUUGGUGAUGGUUCUGAUCCAGUUUGGUACCAUGGUGAUAGACAGGGCUCUGUACUUGAGGAAGACAGUUUUGGGGAAGUUGGUCUUUCAGGUGAUUUUGGUUUUUGGGAUUCACUUCUGGAUGUUCUUUAUCCUGCCUACAGUCACUGAGAGGCGUUUCAAUCAGAACCUGGUGGCUCAGCUCUGGUAUUUUGUCAAAUGUCUGUAUUUCGGUCUGUCAGCCUAUCAGAUUCGAUCUGGUUACCCAACACGAGUUCUGGGAAACUUCCUGACGAAGAGCUACAACUACCUGAACCUCUUCCUGUUUCAGGGUUUUCGUCUGGUUCCCUUCCUGACGGAACUAAGGGCAGUGAUGGACUGGGUGUGGACAGACACCACCCUGUCUCUGUCCUCUUGGAUCUGUGUGGAAGAUGUUUAUGCCCACUGCUUUGUCUUAAAGUGUUGGAGGGAGUCCGAGAAAAGGUACCCACAGCCUCGAGGUCAGAAGAAGAAACGGGUGGUUAAGUAUGGGAUGGGCGGUCUGAUCGUUCUCCUGCUUAUCUGUAUCGUCUGGUUUCCACUGCUCUUCAUGUCACUCAUUAAAUCUGUUGCUGGAGUCGUCAACCGACCACUCGACGUCUCUCUGACCAUCACACUAGGAGGCUUCCAGCCGAUCUUUACCAUGAGCGCGCAGCAGAAUCAGCUCAAAGAUCUGACUGAGGAAGACUUUAACUCCUUGGUCAGCUCCUACAGCUACACACCUAGUGCCUUGCAGUUCCUUGAAGCAUAUGGUCAUGAGGAUGUGACAUUGGCAGAGCUGCAGGGCAGCAGUAACUCUCUGUGGACCAUCAGUCCCCCCAGCAGGCAGUACCUGAGCCAGGUGCUCAACCUGGACCACUUUCCCCUGACUGUCUCCUGGACCAUUCAAAGGAACUUAAGUCUGGGGGCGAAGGUGGAGCUUGCAUCAGGUAAACAUGUCACUUACCUUAAUGAUCCAACUCGUCUGGAGCUGAUCCAGCUGCUGAAUGGAACAAGGACUCUUCCUGUGGUGAUACAGGAUGUGUUUCCAUGUUUCAUUCGAGCUCCCAGUGAUUCCAAUGCCAAACCCAUCGAACAGCUUUACACAGACGAACGCUAUAAAGCAAUCUUGCUUGCCCUGGAGCGGUCCACCAAUCACAGCAGAGAAAUCCAGGAGUGGUGGAUUGUUGACCAGCCAGCUGCCAGCCUGGUUCCUGUGGGGGGUGCAGCUUCUUUGGGUGACAGGAGGGAGGCUGGGCUUCAGUUGUUUGUAUUCAGUGACAAAGUCAGUCCACCGAGUCUGGGCUUCCUGGCGGGAUACGGCAUCAUGGGAUUAUAUGCAUCAGUGGUUUUGGUGAUUGGGAAGUUUGUGCGUGAGUUCUUCAGUGGGAUCAGUCACUCCAUAAUGUUUGAGGAACUGCCCUGCGUCGACCGCAUCCUCAAACUAUGCACCGACAUCUUCCUGGUGAGAGAGACAGGUGAGCUGGAGCUGGAGGAGGAGCUUUAUGCAAAACUGAUCUUCCUGUAUCGAUCUCCAGAGACUCUCAUCAAAUGGACACGACGCUGACCAGACUGCUGAUUAAUCAGUCUAGGACUGAUUCUACCUGUAGUGACAUCACAGACAUCAUCUCUCAACUGUAUGGUUCCUUUUAAUGUUCUUGAAAUUGCAUACGGAACCUCAGAGAACAUUCUCCAGAAGUUACGUUAAAUAACAGGAACCAGUGGACAUAGUAUUUGAAGAACCCUGCUGGACCCAAAUUGAAAACAUAUCCAGACUUUUACGUUGAUGUGUUAAAAAAAACAUUAAACCUGGGAGAUCUUUACCUUCUUACUGGGUGACCAAUGGCGGCAGCUGGGAGGCGGAGCUAACAUUAUGACUAAACCUAAACCGAUCUAAGGGCAUUGUUGCACAUCAGUGUUAUGAGAGUAUUAUCUUAAUGAUUAUCAAUCACAGCAGGGAUAUGUCAUUUCCUGGAAAAGCUGGAAUUCACUAAUGCAGAGCUUGUAAAAUUCCUGGAAAAUGAAACUGACUUUCACAUUCAAUUGGACACUGUUACAGGGACUAACAUAACAGGAAAUGAUGUCACACACGGUAACUGACAAUAAAAGUCCCAGCAUAGUCACUCAGCUGUUUUCAUUCAUUUUAUCUAUUUAGCUGCAAUGUUUACAGAUAUUUUUGUCAGCAAUGUGUUAGUUGUAUGAUAGUUGUACCUUAGCUUUAUGGUAGUUGUAUUUAGCUCAACUUCAAGCUUUAUUUUAAGUGUAGGCUCCUCCAUUUUUAGCUUUAUGGUAGCUGUAGUUAUUGCUUGCGCUAGUUUUACAUUAGCUGUGGUUAGGUGGUCUUCUUGAUCAUUAUAUCAGCUUAGAAAUUGUUUGACAUUUUUGUUGUCAUUCACAUUUCCCCUUACGGUGCAGUGGGAAUGAAAUUUUAUUUCAAAUGGCUCAGAGUAGUUCAGGAUAAAAACAGCAGCAUUUACUGACAUAAAAAUAAAUAGCUAUGGCCAGCUCUGCUUUAGCUUCACAUUAGCUGACACUUCUGUUAUAGUGAUAGUACAAUCUUGAUCCAAAUGAGACAUCUUAGUGUUUUCUAUGAGUACACUUAAAACCACCAAAAGCCAGCAGGUUGUCUUGUUGGCAAAGCAUCAGCUUCAUGUUAUGGCUAAGUUAGCUGUAUGUCAGUGUAAUCAUUUUACAGUUUAGAUCAACUUUAUAUCAGGUUUUUAUAAGGAUUUGUUAAUGUCAUCACUCAUUUGGUGUGCAUCUCAUGUCUUCAUUAACUCUGUAUUAGCUUAGUUUAAUGUGUUCCUAGCUUAAUAUUAGCUCUAGUUAAGCCUUGUCAGCUCUGUUAGCUCUAUCUCAAAUACAUGCUGUUAAGUUACAUUGAUUAUGAUUCCUUUAUGUUAGAUCUUUUUCUUUUGCGUCAUCCACCCUCUGUUCAGGUGGUAGUCAACACAGCUAUGCUAACUCCAUGAACUAAUGGGAAUGAUAAUGGUGUGACAUGUCCCAUCCCAUUAGGUACAACAAAGUUAACAGUUGAGUGAUUAUGUGUUAACAUGACAUAUAAUUAGACAACAUAACAUGAAAACAGCUGCAGUCUCACACAAACACACCUUAAGUGAAAGUUGAUAUAUCGAAUGAAGGAACAUGAGAUUUUCAUGUCAGAAAAUGAAUAAGAAUUAUGUCUGUUUUGUGUGUGAGAGGAUUGUGUGUGUGAUUAUCAACUAUGCUUUGCUUUCAGCAUUAUUUAGUUUGAAUAUAAUGAAGCUGGAUUAAUCUGCCUACCUGUCCAAUGUGUUCCUAUCGAUACAUGUUAAAUGAUCUUUAUGAGUAUUCUGCUGUGUUCCGCAGUAAUUUUUGUGGUAACAUGGUAAGAAUUGUAAUCAAGAUGAUACUUCAGUAAAUCACACUAAUCCAAUAAACUAAGGAAUUGCUCCAAAAGUAGAUGA